GAUGUUAAGUGUACCCUGACCUUCAAUCUUGCUUUUUAUUUGACUAACGUUUACGUCACACGGCCGCCAGGUGGUUGCCCCACAGCCCAACAGACACACAACAACAAGAAGCUUCUCACACGGUGGCACCUGAGACGAAAACUUAAUGAACCUCAGCUCUGGGAUCUGAAUUAUAUCCGUGUGUGUUGAAGGUGAGGGAGAUCCCUGGCUGCACUGCCAACAGUUUUCACAGGAGGUCCCAACAGCGCCCGGUGCCACUGCGCGCUCUGCUGACGCAACCACGUCGCUGUGGCUCAAUACGAUGGCGGACCGCAAUGUCCCCAGACCUGCCCAGGGAGGGACGGAGCAAAGUCACUGAGCCACUCUCACCGGCUCCGUUAUAAACUGCCGUCCGACCACCUGUUUAAAGACAGGCUGCUGCCAUCGCCGUCCCUCCCGUGAAGUAGUAGUAUGUGGGACAGGAUCUGCUCGGAGUGCACUGACCGGGACGAGCCAGAAGUGGAGUGAAGAAGAGGAGCGGACGCAGCGCAUGUUGAGCAAGCAAGUUGACUGAAAUAACAAAAGUCGCGUCGACUGGGGAAGGAUACAGCCGCUCUCGGAUUUUAACGGAGGCUUGAGGGGACAGUUGUUCCGGCAAAAUGAAAUUCGCGGAGCAUCUUUCGUCCCACAUCACUCCGGAGUGGAGAAAACAGUACCUUCAGUAUGAGGCAUUCAAGGAUAUGCUGUAUGCUGCCCAGGACCAAGCCCCAUCUAUAGAAGUCACAGAUGAUGACACGGUGAAGAGAUACUAUGCUAAGUUUGAGGAGAGGUUUUUCCAGACCUGUGAGAAGGAGCUCCUGAAAAUCAACACAUUCUAUUCAGAAAAGCUUGCUGAAGCCCAGAGACGUUUUGCCACUCUGCAGAAUGAGCUGCAGUCUUCACUGGACGCUCAGCGCGAGAGUAACGUUCCGCCCGGACUGCGGAAACGCAAGACGAUGUUCCACCUGUCGCAGGAGGAGCGCUGCAAACACCACAACAUCAAGGACCUGAAGCUAGCCUUCAGCGAGUUCUACCUCAGCCUCAUCCUGCUCCAGAACUACCAGAACCUGAACUUCACUGGUUUCCGUAAGAUCCUGAAGAAACAUGACAAGAUCCUGGAUACUUCUCGCGGGGCUGACUGGCGUGUGGCUCACGUGGAGGUGGCGCCUUUCUACACCUGCAAGAAGAUCACACAGCUCAUCACUGAGACAGAGACACUGGUGACCACAGAGCUGGAGGGAGGAGAUCGUCAGCGGGCGAUGAAGAGGUUGAGAGUUCCUCCACUGGGGGCAGCUCAGCCUGCGUUAGCCUGGACAACCUUCCGUGUUGGUCUCUACUGUGGUGUCUUUAUCAUUCUUGCCAUCGCCUUUGUUCUCACCGGUGCUGUGUUCAUCCGCUAUGAGAACAUCUGGCCUUUGGUGCGGAUCUAUCGGGGCGGUUUCCUGUUGAUCCAGUUCCUCUUCCUGUUGGGCAUCAACACUUACGGAUGGCGACAGGCGGGAGUCAACCAUGUCCUCAUCUUCGAGAUCAAUCCUCGAAACAACCUUUCACACCAACACCUGUUUGAGAUCGCUGGUUUCCUCGGCGUGUUGUGGUGUCUCAGCAUCCUCUCCUGUCUCUACUCAGAGUACACCUACCUCCCCAUGCAGAUCAAUCCUCUCAUCCUUUACGGCUUCAUGGUGCUCUUCCUCAUAAACCCCUUCAAAACCUGCUACUACAAGUCACGUUUCUGGCUCCUCAAGCUACUGUUUCGCGUGUUCACAGCGCCGUUUCACCGGGUGGAGUUUGCAGACUUCUGGCUGGCUGAUCAGCUCAACUCUCUGGUGGUUGUUCUGAUGGAUAUGGAGUAUCUCAUCUGCUUCUACAUCUUCGAGCUGCAGUGGAGCAACAGCAAGGGUCUAUUGCCUACAAUUAAAGACUCUAGUGACUUCGUGUGCCACAGCUACUCGUAUGGUUUGCGCGCCAUCAUCCAGUGUCUGCCCGCCUGGUUCCGCUUCAUCCAAUGUCUGCGGCGUUACCGUGACACCAAGAGGGCCUUCCCUCACCUGGUGAACGCCGGGAAAUAUUCCACAACUUUCUUUGUCGUCACCUUCGCAGCGCUCUACGCCACGCACAGAGAGCAAGGACACACAGACGCCGACAUGUUCUUCUACCUGCUGAUCGUGUUCUCGACCGUCAGCUCCCUGUACACACUGAUCUGGGAUCUGCGUAUGGACUGGGGUCUGUUUGACCGCGGAGCCGGAGAGAACACCUUCCUCAGAGAAGAAAUUGUUUACCCACACAAGGCCUACUACUACUGUGCCAUUUUAGAAGAUGUGAUCCUGCGUUUUGCCUGGACGAUCCAGAUCUCUCUGACCACGAUGACCAAGAUUCACUCUGUGGGCGACAUCGUAGCCACCGUGCUGGCUCCCCUGGAGGUCUUCAGGCGUUUUGUGUGGAACUUCUUCCGUCUGGAGAACGAGCACCUGAAUAACUGUGGUGAGUUUCGUGCGGUGCGGGACAUCUCUGUGGCGCCACUCAACGCUGACGACCAGACGCUGCUGGAGCAGAUGAUGGACCAGGAGGACGGCGUGCGGAACCGCUCGGGCAAGAAGACCUGGAAGAGGUCCUACAGCCUGUCGCUCCGACGCCCCCUGCUGUCCUCCUCACAAUCGAAAAAGGACACAAAGGUGCUUAUUGAAGACACGGAUGACGAGGCCUUCAGCUGAGUCCACAGCGACAGCACACACAGACACACACACACACACAGACACACACACACACACACACACACACACACACACACACACACACACACCUACUGUACUUAUAAAGACCUCAUUCACUAACACCCAACCUCAGCCCUUCUCUCUCUCUCGUCAUUGUAAGCAUAAAACCUUCAGUCUAAACCUUUAAAUCAGUGAGGACCAUCAUACCGCCCUCACUUGUGAGAAUUUACCUCAUCUUUAUAUCCUUGUGAGGUCUUUCUAAGUACAGAAACAACACAAACCUGCCGAAGCACAAGCACAGUGUAACAUCGCUACAGUAGAGGAGAGAGCUAAUGCCACACAGCCAUACAGACAGACGGACAGACGCCAAGACAAGACCACACUGCCCUGGGAUCUUCUCUUCUUUUUUAAAACUGACUUUUUUUAGUAAAUGUGUUGUUUACUUUGAGAUGUUUUCUUUUAGAUUUUUCUUUACUUUUUUUUCUGGAUUUAUUUAGGAAGAAGCUACGUAGUUAGGCUACAUACGACUGUUUACAAGUCUUUUUAACUAUACUAGGAUCAACAGGGAGAACACAAGCCAAUCAAAAAGACUAAAUAUUAAUCAAUAGAAAACCUGAGGAAGGACUCGACACACGUCACAGCAUAUCAAAAACAAAAUCAACUGGUUUCAGCUUGUUGAUUCUUUUUUAUACUCCUUCUUUUUUGGGUUGUUGGUUUAUUGAGUUGUAAUAAAGUCAGUGUACGAUCACAAACCCUGGAGGCACUUGCAGGAAAAGUGCAUUUAAUACACAAACAUGGGGGAAAAAAAACCUUACUUGUACACAAAAGGGAUGUUUUGAUUCAAACGUUUCUAGUCCGUGAAGUUGCUUUGUAAUAUAUAUAUUUUGAUGUGCAUUAUUACUCUAUUAUAGUUGUUAAGUACUUCUACAUGUGUUGUUUAUACUAGUGAGACUAGUCGGAGCAUCCACACGAUGAUUGUUGAUGUAUUUUCUAACGUUUGGAAUGUUUUUUCUCGGUUAGAUUUGUGCCAUGUUUCUACUAAAACUCAGAGUUAGACUUCCCCGUUUAUCCCAAAUCUCAGAUUAGUGCAAAAAUGAAGCGUGAAUCGUUGUGUCAUGUCAUCAUUAAGUGCCCUGUUAGCGACAGUAUAUCUACGUGCAUUGCUAUUGUUUGCAUUAACUGCCAAAGCUUUAUUUUUAUGAAUGUGUCAGCGGUUCAGAAUAACUUUGUCCAUCCAACCUGCCUGGGUGAGAGGCAAAAGGAAACGGAGCCUAAAACCUUUUAGAAUUUAAAAGAUUCUUAUUAUAAUUGUAUUUUAUUUAAUAUUAAUUUAAAAAAUUGGAGAGUUUGUUUUAUUUUUGUAAACGUAUGUGUUUUAUUUGGCUGUUUUAACAGGCAGGUUCUGUCUUGUCUCAGUAAUAUGACUAGUUAAUAGUAUUACUGUCAACAUUUGUGUAGAGCAGAGUGAUGUGAUGUUCUGCUUCAGGUGUAAACUUGAAUUGUUAAUUAAUCAAAGCUGUGAGUUUAAAUGUCAGUGGUUCUCAAACUGUGAGCGGGACCAGCGGGGAGAAACUGAAUGAAUCUGAUUCAUGAAGGUAUGAAAAUCAAACAAGUGUUCAGACGCCAUCGAGGCGAUCGAGAUUCAUUCAAACACCAAAACGACGUAUUAAUGUUAAAACAUGGACAGAUUUUUGACAGGGAAGAAAAGACAAACAAGUUAAGCUUAUUGAGCAAAGACAAAAAAACUUAUCUGUCAUGUUGACUGUCAGUGAAGCUGAAGAUUCUCUGAUAGUUUGUUUAAACUGCAUUUUUAAUUAGCAGAAACAUGCACAAUAAAAAUGCAGAUAAAGUGCUAGAUAACGUUGGAUAACAGUUUAACCAAAAUGUUGUUUUUUUUUUCACCUUCCAAAAUGGGAUGUAACAGAAAAAGUUUGAGAACUACUAGUACAGUAUACGCAGAGCAGGUCACAUGAUCACCCGACUGAUUCAGAGACCUUUAACAGAAAAUAUUCAUAAUCUCUGACAUGUUUCACACUUUCUGAAUCAGCCUCCAUCCAGCAUCCCAGAUAUGUGCUGUUCAUUUAUCUCCUAUGUUCACUGUUGCCUCAUUCAUUUAAAAGAAAAAAAGUGGAUUUAAACUGUUGUGAAUUUGUUAAAUCUUGUGUAUCUAGUACAAUCUAGUACAAUUAGGAAUGAUAACCAGAAAAAAAAGUGCUGUACUCCUGACAUCCACAUUUAAUUGUAAUUUAAAAAGUGUUCCCUGGCUUCCAGAGCAAUGAUGUUGUCUUUAAUGCUGCUGUGUGUGUUUUACUUUCUCUUCCUGUUUGACCCUCCGCUCUCCACUCCUGUGUUCCUCCCUGUGGCAACACCGUGUCACCACCAGCCAGUCAUGAGACAAAUGUGCUACAGAAAGUCCUGCUUCUGCUACUUGUUGUGUUUUUUCCCCCGUAGCGGCUAAAAAAAGACUGAAAGGCCUCUUGUGUGCAAAAUGAGCUCGAUGUGAAAUGGAAAGCUGUGUUUAUAUCUGUUAAAGUUUAGAAGAUGGGUAGCUUCCCCGUACACAUGCCAUGUUUUGUACAAGGGCAUACAUGACACACACACACACACACACACACACAUACAUACAAACACACACACACACACACACACACACACACACACACACACACACACACACAGCCCACAUUACCUCUCUCUACCACUGUCCUGUGUCGGAGAGCACAACUCUACAGCAGAUAGUUUUGUAAAAAGGCUCUGUUGUCUUGCCUGCAUGCUGCUUUUGUUUUACAUUGUACAUAGAUCUUCAUUUAUUUUACAUGAUGUGUAUAUUAGCGAUCAUUGUAGCCACCAUGACAAUGAUUGAUUUUCAUACGUUGCCAUUUUUUGUGCUCCGAGACAAGCAGUAUUUUCUAGGCGAUGAGGAGCUCUUUUUGAUUGUCCACAAUCCUGCACUCUUUUUUCAUGUGUAAAUCUGUUGAAAACGUGUUUGUAUAAAAAAAUAGAAGAACAGAAAAAAGAAAAAAAAUCAAUAGAAAUGGAGAAACGUGAUUGCUCGUAUCUUGUCGGUGAUUCCUUCUUGUUUCCAGGGGCUCAUGAAGGAGGUGGACGAGGGGGGACAGAUUCCUGUGUCCUGAAGCUGUAAUACUGUUUCUAUUUUCCCCCCUCAAGUGUACAUUUGUGGAUGUGCAUGAAAAAUCUUGUGGAUGUUGUUGUGAAAAACCGCCCUGCAGACAGAAGCACUUUGACAUACUGUAGGGCACAGGAACAGACCCCAGUCCAGAGAGAGGACCCACAUCAUAACAAGAAACUGUUUUAAAACUGAUCCUAGAUCUGCAUGAAUACCUCAUAAACAGACCUGGGAUCUUCAUUUGCUCGCUGGAAGCGUUUUUGGAGAUGCUUCUCUGUGAGAAACACAUUGUUUCAGUGACCAGUGUGUGUUCACAGUCAUGUAAAAACCCGCCGACAAAAACCUGAAAUAGGGUUGUUUUGUACAGUUUGUGUUCGAUGAGAUGACAUAAGAAGCCCUGACAUCCCAUUUUCUCAUGGGUGAAAAUCACGGUUUGUUUUCACUGCUUGCUGAAAUUCACUCCCAUGAUGUUAAAGUGCUUGAUAUGUGUGCAUCCCCCCCCCCAACCUCCCUCUCUCGAUGUUGUUCGUACCCUUUCUCUAAUCUAGCUGAAUGUGAUAGUACCUGUAGUUUGGUAGAUGGAUGUUCUACUUUGAUAAGAUACAAUUAAAAAAAAAAGAAGAGAUGAUAGAAUAAAUACAUUGUGGCUAAAUGUGAUUUUAAGAGACGUAAGACUAAAGAAAGGAAAAUGUCUUACAGUCUGAACCAUCCUCCGCCCCCCCUGAAUCCCCUUUAUAGAGUAGUUUGUACAUGUCAAGUGUAUAACACUGUUCUAUGAUGGUUUUCCUGAUGGUAUUUGUAUUUCUGUAAACACUUUGGUGAUCCUGUCAUAUCUGGGUUUUAUAAACCACGAUUAUUUUUAAAACUCGCUCUGCCUCUCGACUCUUUUUUUGUUGUUGUUUUAACUGUUCUGACCUGUGACCUUCUUACAGUCACUGCAGCCUCGUUUUAGAGGAGGUUUCUGUCCUUGCUGGUGCACAAGAAACCUGACCGAGUGAGUAUCUUCAUCUUCAGUGGAGCUUUGAUGCACUUCUGUAAAUAUAGGUUCAUGUGCAUUAAUGUGUACGCAGAGACCUCGUCCUCUUGCCUUUAUUAGUCGCUUUUCCUUUUGUUCUUUACGUCAGUGCACUUGAAGAAGACUAGAACCAUGAACUGAGCUUUUAGUCAUUCACCCUCCUUCACUUUUAAAUGUUGCCAAAGUAGAUGUACGCUCUGGUGGAGAAAGACGAGUCCCGACAAGAUUUCGAUCUUGACAAGACUGACAGCUCUUUGCAAAAAAAAAAAAAGGUUGAGGAGCUCAUCCAAGAGUACUGGCAGUGUGGAGAGAUGUAGUCAUGUUCAGAGUGCCAACAGGGACGAGUGAAUCAUCCUGAAAAGCCUGAAAAUCUUGCUUCUCUGCGAAGAGAAAGAACCCACGAAAAUGAAAAGAACACAGUUAACUUUACAACAAAUCACCGUCCAACAAACCCUCAUAAUCACAACAAUCACUCCUUUUUAAAAUAAAAACAGCUGUGUCCCUUGAGCUUGAAAGUUCACCUCAGAAACAGCAGUUGGGUCCUUCAGUAGCAGUUCUGGACCAUUCAAUCACAUCACAUGGUCUUCCUCAGCAGAUGGAGUUUGACUCAAUAUAAAUCUAAAAUCUCAGUUUUUAAGCCAACAUGUUUUAAGUCCUUCAAAUGCUCAUAAAAACAUUACUGGGCAAAAGUUUAUCUGCUGAGAAAGAUGGUGUCAUACGACUGAAAGCUCAAGAACAGCAACUAAUGGACCUUGUGGCAAGAUUUGACUGAUUAAAAAAAAAAAAAAAGCAUCACUCAGCAAUUAUUAGAGCUGCAUCUGGUGAGUCUGCAGUAUGUCUCUAAAGCCGACAAACAGAAAACCUGCCGAUCAGCGUCUAAGAAGGUCACAACUAGGUUGUUUAUUUUAUGAUAACUGAUACAGGAUAAAUGUUAUACAUUCUAUUUUAACACUGAUAUUUUGCUUUCAUUUUCAAUGUCAGUAUGCAAAAAAAAAAAAAAAAAAAAAAAAAAGACAAUGCGAAGUAAACAUUUGGUGAAAUCAUGAGUAUGAUACAUAAUUUGAAUGCUUCAUCAAUAUUAAACCAAUUCAUUUUAAGGACUCCUUGUUGCCCUGGUGAUAACUUGUUUAGCUACAACACAAAAAAAAAGGGAAAAAAUACAAAAAAAAAAAAAAAAAACAACCCCAAAAU